UUAUAAAAUAGAGAAAGAAACAGUAAGGAUGUUUACGAAAGUGUUAUUACUGUUUAUUAUCCUGUUUUAUAUGACAAAUGAUGUCAACGGUUGUUCAUGUUUUGGUUUCCCGCACCCUCAAUCGCAAGUUUGCUCAGCUGACUAUGUAUUCCAAGGCAAAGUUACCAAGGAGCAAUUUAUACCAGGCCCACCUGAUGAUACUGCUAACAAUUUUGCGAUAUGGAAAUAUACAUUUAGAAUUAUUUUCAAAAUAAAGGGAGUGACAGAAGGUGUUGGUGAAGAAGUAGUUGUACAGACUGCUGGAAAUAGUGGGCUCUGUGGAGUACGUUUCACGGUCGGAAAGUCAUAUAUUCUAAUGGGAAGAAAAAACUCCGAUGGAAAGAAAACUAUUGGAUCCUGUGAUUUUAUCAGACAAAAGAGCAGUCUGUCAUCUUUCCAAACGACUUACCUGUUUACAAGAGGUUCUAAUUCGUACAAUUUAAACUGUAGAAGGGGAUGCAACAAAAUAAAUCCAGAAUCAAAAGGUUGUAAAUAUCAGCCUGGAGAUGAUAAGCUUGACAUUUGCCUAGCUAAGAAUGCUCUGUGCAAAAGAAGAAGAAGACGAUGUCGUUGGGUUAAUAAUGAAAAAUGUUCAUGAUGUUAGCGUGGUAAUGUCAUCAACAACCUGUACUUUAAUGAUAGAUAAAUAAAUGAAAC